UUUACCGAUCCGGGCACUGCGCGCCAUUCUACCUGCCUGGCUAUGGCCAUCACAUGUUUAGUGUGCUCGCUUACGGCUCUCGUGGCCCUGCUAUUAGUUCCCCCAGACGGCUGGCAGGCAGCAUUCGUAGAAGCUUCUUCGAACUCUGACGCAGUAAGUGCCCUUGAGGCACUUGGAUACCGCAACGUCCAACCGUCAAUGUUAAAGGCAACGGCUCCCGCGGAACAGACGCACCAACAAGCAAUUCUACUUCAGGAAGGAAGACAACAACAAUUGAACCAAGGAGCGAUCAGUCGUUCAGCUGCCGGACAACGACAGCUUGAGCGGAGUACAACAAUAAAACCCGAGACUAUAAUUAUGACUAGUUCAACUUCGGCAGACCUUCUAGUUGAAGGGGAUCACGGAAAUUAUGACGGAAUGGAGUCUAUUGAAAAACUUAAACUGGCUGAGGAAGAGCGCCAAUGGGAUGAGCAUCUGGCGGCCAGCGCUCACAAACGAAUCGCCAGACGACAGGGUUCGAGCGGGAAGCACAAACGGCGUCUGGGUGUUGUCCUCGAUCCGCGAAAAACAUGGCAAGCUUUCCUGCGGCACACCGAACGCCAGCAAGAACGAGAAAAACAACGUAACAAAAAAGCAACUGCCCAUAAGAAAGUGAACGCAGCGCAUCUUCGAAUGCAUGGCCAAGCUGAAGAAAUCGAAUUGCCCCCUAGACCUGACGCAAACCCGUUUAAUAGUGGAAUGACUCGUGAACAGAUGAUUCAACACAUGAGGGAUCUCAUCAAGGAGGCCGCGGAUAGACAUCUUCAAAAAAAUCAUAUGUGCCGUACAAACUCCACGAGGCCCGAGUGUACGGACCAAAGUCCCAACGGGGCUACUUCACCGGUAGUAGGUUCGCCGUUGUUCGAGUUUGAACGAGCCGUUCUUGUUCCGGAGACGCAGUCGGCGUUCACCUGGCGACUUGCGCACGCGCUUAAGGUUCGGCGACAGCGCGAGGCCGAAUUGCAUGCUUUCUAUCGACCUUAUAUUGUGGGUGCGUUCGAGCGAGGUGACGGUCUUCGUGCGGAUCAAGGUCGCUUCACAGCUCCGGCCGGAGGAGUCUACGUAUUCAAUGCUCAAAUCCACUUCAACGUUACGUUUGGCGGGAGCGCUAGGGCACCCAAUGCGAACGCGGGUGGCACCGUGCAUUACUCUGACGGUUCGGUAGCCCUUAAGCUGUGCAUCGAUGCUAACUGUACUGCCAACUUUGCGCUUAGUGCAAUGCGGAGCAUUAACCACAGCGGCACCUUCACGUUAGCCCUUGGAGGACCAAUUCACCUGACAGCAGGACAAAGCGUGUCUUUAUUUGUCGUCAACAAGGCUUGGGGUGCAGUUGUUCGCGUUCUUGAGGACUCCACUUUCAGCGGUUUCAUGACAUCGUAUUUGUAGGGACGUUGUUCGCCUAAAUUCAACCACAGGUCGUUCUGGUUUAAGGAGAAAGCUGACCGCAUCUAAUAUACUAAUUUAAUAUCUAUAAAUACAAGUGCUUCGCUGAUGGGAACGGAUAAACCCGUUUAUGAUUUUGCCCCUAAGAUAAAACCAAUCUUGUAGGCAUGUUUGUACAAUAUUGGCAUGUAUUGGCAUGUAUAUUUUAGGCAUGCUCGAGCCAUAUUGGCUGUGAAAGAACUUUACAUCGCCGCUAUUGAGAGUUGUGCUUAGGCAACUUGUAGUAGAGCUUCAAGACAUUGUGCUUAGGCACAUAGAUUUUUGCUGAGCAUUGCGCCUAUUUGUUGCGUUUUGUUAUUAUCAAAUAUGUACAGAUAUUUAACCCUAUAUAUCGUAUGCCGUUUGAAGUUCAGCGAACUAUUUUUACCAGUAUGAUAUUUUCAUUCUUCAAAUCCAACCAAGUUCAAUCUAGUCGUCUAGUAUCUAGGAUGUUUUAACGAUGUAGGCGCUUGUUUAGGACAUUGACCACAGUCCUCUUUUCUGCACUUGGAUACACUUUCCCAUUAUAAACGCUUUUCUCUAGUGGUACAAAAUAACGCCAUAGUCCGAUUAGCAAUGCUACGAUAGAGUACCAAGGUCGCUAUUAAGAUACUAUUAGCCUUUGCUGCGAUCGAGUUGUUUGUGGCGUGUUUAUGGGCUGCACGUCUGACAAUCGAACUCGUCUAAGCAUUUCCCCUGUUUCAUGAGGAAAUCAAAGAUCCCCUACAUUUACGAUGCAGGUCGUGUGUGCAAGAAAUGGAUGGGUGUGUUUGGUCACGCGAUCGAAGAACAAGGAAAACGUAGCAAUUAAUAAUGACCAGAAAAUAUUUUGGGACGACUGUUUUUCAUACAACAAUAACGACCAUACGUGUCAUUGAACGACGAAAUGGAAGCGUGUGUAGCCUUCUACUGUAUAUAACAUUAUUGUAAAUAAAAAUGUGCCAAUUUGCUAAACAGUAAAUAAAAGAAAAAUAUCGG